AUGUCAAUGGAAGAGAAUGAAGAUCGAGUGCGGCGCACGAGCAUCAGUGGGCUUCUACAACGACCAGAAAGCCAGCCUCAACUCGUUACUGGUGCUUCCGGCUUUCAGUCAAACCCUGCCCAGCCAAUGCGGCCGGACAGCAUUCCUCCCUCUUUUGUGCAGAUCGAGCGCCCACUGCAACACGCCAUCAAUGGUUCUGAAAUCCCUCGACCAAAUGGCCCGGGGGGUUCCUACGACACCCGUCCUCCUAGCCUACCUUCCCUUUCUCGUCUACCAUCUGCAGGCACUGCACCCCAGAGCCAUGCUCCUGCUCAGGAACGACCUCUCCCGCAGUCACUAUCACCCGAGAUCCGACGGUUGCAGCUAAGUGGGGUUGAAAAUCGAGGGUUUGCAGGUUUAUUGAAUCACCAGAUAGAACAUGCUCAAGCAUCUCAGACAAUGAUGCGGCAAGAUUCUAUGCAGUCACAGAGUGACAGAUCCAUCCUUGGCGACCGACCUCGCAUCCCUAAUCGAGCUUACUCACCUUUUGCUGGCUCCGUAGCUUCGCAACACAAUGGACUUUUCGAUGAUCUAGGCCGCAAAGGAAGCGAUGAAUUGUCCCAGCACAGAGCGAUUUUGUCUUUAGCGAACGAUUCAAAACGCGGAAGAUACUCUCCUGUUCCCCAGGCUGUUCAAGGUGCCCAGGCUCAAACUCCUGUACCUGAUGCUGCCAUCAAGACUGAACACGGACGCGUCUUCUCUGGCUUGGGAGGAGGGUUGGGUACCGCUAGCAGCGGCCCAACUUCAACGCCGCAGCCACUAUCUGCAAGUCCUUUUAAGCAGAAUGACGGAAGCGCCCGGCUAAGUGAGGAGAACUUGAUGAAGAUGUCACGCAGCACCUCAGGUAUCAGUAAACGACCUCGCAAAGCAUUGCAGGAUGACCAACGUGCAGAAAGUGACGUCGGCGAUGUGAAGAGACCUGGCCCGGGGAAAGGCAAGAGAAGCAAGUAUCAACACUCUUACAAGCUGGAACUGGAAGAUGCUUCUGUGGACCAAAGAAAGAAUGCUCCGUUUCCCUCGAUAAGCAAUCGCAGAGCCGCAACACCUACAUCUCAUCCAUCGCAGCUGCAUCACAAUCAAUUGCAACGUCAAGCCUCAGCUGCUGAGGUCACACCUGUCUUCAGACCCAAAAAGACGAUCAGAAUAUCAUCGGUAAUAGCUCUAGCGGGCCGCAAUCGACGUCGUCAUCUAGGCUCAUUCAAGUACGAUCCCGUUGUUGCUCCCACCGAGCUUCCUAGACCGAGUCCGCUCAAAUUCGAUGUUUCAAUACGACCCAGUCUGUUACCAUCAUUCGCAGAUGCCGAACAUGUCAAUUGCACCUACACAAUACGCGUGUCAAGAACCUGGCUUCAACCGCGAGAAAGAGGCAUCAUCUGCGCGGAAAGAUAUCUUUGGGGUUCCGGCAUUUAUACUGACGACUCGGAUCCCUUGGCUGCAGCCAUGCAUUCGGGCUUCAUCUCUUCUGUGCACCCUGCAGGAAUUGACGAGGCAUUGCUCGAACGAGUCAUUGAGGAGCAGAACCCUAGGAUUGAAGGGAGCACUGCUCCAGCAAAGCCCAAGAACGUUGAAGAAGGGAAAGAUCUGCAUCUCACAUUAGUUGUCCUGCCUCAAUUAGAGCAGUACGUGGAGUCUGUCAGAUUCGGGAUCAAAUCCCGGACUUGGCCCGAAGAAUCAUCUACACUGUCAGAGGGAGCAAACACCAACAAGACUCCACACGAUGGAGUAAGUUUUAUGAUUUUGAAGGCUGAGUUUGUGCAAGAUGGAACCGAAGUGAAGCGUGUCGGUCGAACGGGGGUGGAGAAGCGUGAGCGUUUGAGGCGUGAGUUGAUGGAAAGAAAACGGGGCUUCGAAUUAGAAAAGCAGAAGAUUGCAGAAGCCGUUGCGCGCGCGAAGCUUCGUAAAGAUGAGCAAAGACGUCGCGCCGGGGAUACAGCUUCCAAAAGAGUCAAGUCGGUCAAGCCUGAAGUUGCAACUCGUCCCAAUGAAUCGGCCAAGAAGGAUGGUGAAGAGCCGCAACAGAAGCUCUCUGAGCAUGCGAGUAUUCAGCUUGACGUUGGUCAGAGCCCUGGGGAGUGGAUCCGACAGCUGACCGUUGCCGCAGCCUGA